GCAGCCACAGAGUGCAGUGCUCACAGCAUGUCUGGCUCCAGCGCGCGGGACAGAGCCGUAGACCCCGGGCCCCUGGGCCGCAGGAGGACGUGGGCCGAGCUGCUGGUGGGCAGGGCCAGGAGGCAGAAACCCGGCGCUGAGCGGGGACAGCAGAUCCGGGCGGCCGCCGUGCAGCUCCUGAGGCGCCACCUGAAUCUGGACCAGCUUCUGCUGGAGGUGGGAGGCCCGCUGCCCGCGAAGCUGCGCCCCAGCGCCUGGCCAGACCUGGGAUCGGACCGCGGAGACCCCCGCACCCUGAUCGGCUCCGCUUUGCGGGACCAGGCCUCGAGGCUGGGGGUUCCAGUGGCAGUCCUGGCGAGCCAGACGGUGGCCUCCGGCAUCGUGCAGGUCUGCAGGGCGCACGCUGAGCCCUCCCGCCGGGUGCUGCUGGACCUGGAGCAGAGAAAGAAACUGUCUUCCUUGUUGGAGAUCACUGGGCACCUGUUGGAGCACGGCAUGUUCUCGCGUCUCUCCUUCUGUCAAGAACUGUGGAAAGCACAGGAUUCUUUGCUGCUGGAAGCUGUGUGGUGUCUCCACAAACAGAACGUCGUGACUCUGCAAGAGCUGCUGGAAAGCCACGAGGACACGCGGGCAGUGGUGGCGUGGCUCUUCAGGAACCUGCGCUGUCUGUGUGAGCAGUCAGAAGACUCCGGUCUGCACUCUGACAUCACCGGGGCCAUGCUCUCAGAUUUUGUGCAGAUGUUGGUUUUGAGAGGAUUUCAGAAAAAUUCGGGUCCAGGAAGAAACUCGGAGGCUGAGCGGGUGCCCCAGAUCGCUGCGGCUGUGCUGCGGAGGAUGCUGCUCUUCGCACUGGGAGCCUUGGCUGACGGCGUGCAGGAGGAGUCCUCAGCGCACAAGGCCGCGCGCUGCUGGUUCAGCGGGUUCAGUGGAAACACGCUUCGCAGUGUAAUUUCGACAGAUUCUCCCAGGAGGUUUUUCAGACACACGCUGACUCAGAUACUCACUCACCAGCCUGUGCUGAAAGUCUCCGAUGCAGUUCGCAUGCAGAGGGAGUGGAGCUUUGCGAGGACCCACCCUCUGCUCACCGGCCUGUACCGCAGGCUCUUCGUGCUCCUGAGUCCGGAGGAGCUGGUGGGCCACUUGCAGGACGUUCUGGAGACGCACGAGGUGAACUGGCAGCACGUGCUGUCCUGCGUGUCCACGGUGGUGGUCUGCCUCCCCGGAGCACAGCCGCUGGUGACUGACUGGGCGGCCCGUCUGCUGGCCCGCGCGUUCGAGAGCUUCGACCUGGACAGCAUGGUCACCGUGUUCCUGGUCGUGCGCCAGGCUGCGCUGGAGGGCCCCGCCGUGUUCCCGCCCUACGCAGACUGGUUCCAGGCCUCCUUCGGGGGCUCGCGGGGCCUCCACUGCGGCAGCAAGAAGGCGCUGGUCUUCCUCUUCAAGUUCCUGUCCGACCUCGUGCCCUUCGAGGCCCCCCGGUACCUGCAGGUGCACAUCCUCCACCCGCCCCUGGUCCCCAGCAAGUACCGCUCCCUCCUCACAGACUACAUCUCGCUGGCCAAGACGCGGCUGGCUGACCUGAAGGUUUCUAUGGAAAACAUGGGGCUCUAUGAGGACUUGUCUUCAGCUGGGGACGUCGUAGAGCCCCACAGCCAGGCGGCCCAGGAUGUGGAGAAGGCCAUCCAGGUGUUUGAACACACAGGGAGAAUUCCCGUCGCCGUCAUGGAGGCCAGCAUAUUCCGGAGGUCCUACUACGUGUCUCACUUCCUGAGCGCCCUGCUCACGCCGCGAGUGCUGCCGAGCACCCCUGACUCCCGUGCGGCCUUCAUAGAGGCCCUGAGGAGAGCCGACAAGAUCCCCCCAUCUCUGUACUCCACCUACCGCCGAGCCUGCUCCGCCGCUGCCAGGGAGAAGCCAGCAGUUGCAGCCCUGGGAAUGGAGGUGGACCCCAGCUGUUCAGAAGACUCCCUGGCGCUGCUCACAGCUGCACUCGGAGAGCUCAGGGCGGCUAUGGCCGACCCUGCCCAGCACGAUGCUCUCUCCGCACAGGUUGCGGUGGUUGCUGAAAGGCUGGGCGCUGCCCUGGGCCUCUGCGAGGACGGCGGCAGCCCUGAGGUCUCAGAGAUCCGGCUCAGCGUCCUUGCCCCCAGGCUGGGGCAGCGGGAACAGCAGGUUGUGGACCUCCUGCUGACGUCUUUCUGUCAGAGCCUGAUGGUGGCCUCCAGCUCUGCCCCCCCAGACAGGCAGGGCUCCUGGGCUGCCCGCUUCGUGACGGCCACCUGUGGACGCACGCUCCUCCCUGCCGUGCUCUCCAGGCUCUGCCAGCUUCUCCGCCACCAGGGCCCGGGCCUGCAGGCCUCGCAGGUGCUGGGGCUGGCUGCCCUGGCUGCCCACCUCGGCCGGUCCCCGUCUGCGCUCCCAAAGGUGCACAUGGGCCCGCCUGCCCCCGCCGGGGGCCUCUCCGUCCCCGAGUUCCUCGGCAGCCUCCUGACGUGCGAGUCCAGGGGCUCCGCGCUCCUCUGCCUCAGGUUUUGCACUGCGGCCAUUUCUUACGCUCUGUGUAAGUUUUCUUCCCAGUCGCGUGAUGCCUGGCACAGCUGCUUGUCCCCGGGCCUCAUUAAAAAGUUUCAGUUCGUCGUGCUCAGGUUGCUCUCCGAGGCCCGAGGGCCCCUCUCCGCGGAGGACCCCGCCCACCUUCCCUGGCGGCCCUCGUGCCUGCUCCCGGGCGACUGGCAGCGCGCCGCCCUCUGUCUGUGGAGGCAGAGGGCCUUCCAGGACCUGGUGAAGGAGGAGGCGUUUCGUUUAACUUACAGAGACUGGGUGCAGCUGGAGCUGGAAGUUCGCCCUGAAGUGGAUUCUCUUUCAGAUACAGAAAGGCGGGACUUCCAGCAGUGGGCCAUCCGCGAGCACUACCUGCCCACGCCCUCUGCCGCAGGGGGCUGCGGCGGAGACCUGGAGAUGGCGUGCACCGUCCUCGUCAACGGGCUGAUGGACUUCUGCCAAAGUUCAAGGAGUUACGACCACUCAGAAAAUUCUGAUUUGGUUCUUGGUGGCUACACUGGAAAUCGAGAUAUUUUUUCAAGAUUGCAGGAGAUGGCUGCUGACCUGGAGCAGGGCCCGGCCGCGCCCCAAGGCCGCACCACCUCUGGGGGACACGUCCUCUUCCAGGUGUUCCGCAGCCGGCUCCAGGCUCUGGUGGGCGGGCAGGACCUGGCCUCCCGCCUUCAGAGGCAGCAGGAGCUGCUCCUGUGCAAACGGAUCCUCCUGGGCCUCCCCGCGUCUGUCCUCAUUGGCAGCCCCCGGGGGGAGCCGCCGGCCACCCCCGACUGCACGGAGUUCUUCCAGUUGGUCAACUCUGAGCUGAGAAACUUGUCCCGCGGAGGUGCCCUGACGCAUGACAUCACCGCCCACUUCUUCAGGGCGCUCCUCCACGCCUGCUCGCGAAGCAGAGACCCCUCCCUGGCAGCAGACCUGGCCCUGACCGCCUGCCAGACCGAGUGCCCCCUGGUCCUGGCCUCUGCCCUGCUGUGGUGGCCACGCCUGGAGCCCGAGCUCCACUGUCAGUGGAGGCGCUUCCAGAUCCCACUGCCCCGAGAGCUGCAGAGGCUGCGUGAGGCCUGGCAGUUUGCCAGCAACUUCCUGUCCUCCGACACAGAGCCCCCCGACACCGUGCUGCCUGCUGGGGGCCCCGCCUGGGUCUCUGCGGCUGCGCUGCACUUUGCGAUCCAACGAGCGGGGCAGGCGAGCCCACGGCGAGGCCUGGAGAGGCUGCGCGGCCCCCCGGAGGAGCUGCUGCUGGUCCUGCUCUUCCUUUCCUCGCUGGGCCUGCUGUCGUCGAGUCUGACCCCCCAGGCUGCCGGCUGCCCAGCAGCUCUGGACGUUUGUGCCGAGGUCCUGGGGUGUCUGGAGAAGAGGAAGGUGUCCUGGCUGCCACUCUUUCAGUUGACAGACACUGCCACCGGCCUGGGGUGUGUCCUCCUCCGCCUGGCCCCGGACCAGCACAUCAGGCUGCUGCCCGUCGCCUUCUACAGCCUCCUCUCCUGCUGUGACGAAGACGCCCUCAUUCAGGACGCCGGCUUCCUGCACGUUGCCGUGGACAUGUACCUGAAGCUGCUCCGCCUCUUCGUAGCCGGGGAGACGGGUGCACUCUCGAGCUCAGCCAGGAGGAGCCAGGAGCUCCAGGACCAGGGGGACCCUGUUGGCCUGGUGACAAGAGCUCGGCUUUUCCUGCUGCGGUCAGUGCCUCGGUGUCCCACACAGAGCUUCUCACACAUGGCGGAGCUGCUGGCCUCGCACGGGGGCUGCGACCCGGAGCUGAGUGCCGCCCUUCUGAGCAGGCGGCAGGCCACGCCCGACGCGGGCCCCGCCCAGGAGCCCCGCCUCUCCUGACUGGACUGGACGCGCAG